AGAGAAGAAAAAAGAAGAGAAGAGAAGAGAAAAGUAGAGAAGAGAAAAAGAGAAGAGAAAAGUAGAGAAGAGAAAAGAAGAAAAAGUAGAGAAGAGAAAAGUAGAGAAGAGAAAAGCAGGGAAGAGAAAAGCGUUUAAGAGAAAAGUGGAGAAGAGAAAAAAGAAGAGAAAAGUGGAGAAGAGAAAAGUAGAGAA